AUGGUGAAAACCUGCUGUGUUUACAAGUGUCAUAACAGGUUUAAUGUUGAAGCUAAGUCCAGAGGCAUAAGUUUUUUCCGUUUUCCGAAGAAUAAAAGACAGCGCAAUGCUUGGAUCAAAGCCGUGAAUAGAAAGGACUGGCUACCGAACAAUAAUACUUGGAUUUGCUCGGAACAUUUUCUUGAUGGCUGGCAUGGUUAUGAACCUACCGAUGGUAAUUAUUCUCCUACCAUUUUUGCUUACAAAGAGACGGGGAAGAACGUGUCGCAGGUUGCGAGAGAAUCUAGACAUCUAGUUCGUGAAAAGUCACUGGAAACCUUACAUGCAGAGAAAUUAGUUAGACAACAGUACGAGAUAAAACAACAGGUAUCAUUAUUCCACCACUCAUCCUACUGUAUGGAGGUAGAAGAAAAUCCUGGUAAUGAUGAGAUGUGUGAUUUAGAUGUCAUGGAUUCAGAUGUUGAACUUCCAAGUUUGAAGAAAACAGUUGGUACACAGUGUGAUACUGGAGUGAUAAUAGAGGAGAACAACAGGUUAAAAGAAGAAUUGAAAGCUGCAAGAAUGGAACUGGAAAAAGAAAAGUGGAGUGUUUCAAAAAUUGCUGACAAUGAUGGUCUUACAAAGUUUUAUACAGGUCUUCCAACUUUUGGUAUUUUUUUAUGGCUUUUUACUUAUCUUCAGGAUAAAUGUUCUAGGAUGUCUUAUUGGACAGUGUAUGUCACUUGCCAUGUAAAAUUCUCACCUGUGAUUGUUAUCGAUCCAAUCGUGUUUCUUCUUAAAAAUGCUAUAUCAGUAUCUUUUGUCAAACUAUUAAUGAGUAUUGAAAGUCUUAAUAUGGUGUACUUUUGUAUUUGA